AUGUCCGAUUACGAAGAUGAUGCAUUUCGCGAGGUAGCGGACGCAUACGAGGACUUUGAUGCACCAGAUCACUUUUCCGAUAAUGAAUAUGACGAUCCAAACGGUGGUGAUGCUCAAAUAACCACUGAUGAUGGAAGACAAAUCAUCAAUGGAGGUAUUGGACCCGAUGACGCUGCAGCUGGUGUCGCUGCAGCUAGUGCAGCUCAACAACAGAGGAAAAAGACAACCAAGGAACUAGCUAUACCCAAAGACCAAAGAACUACUACCCCUUACAUGACUAAAUACGAGCGUGCGAGAAUUUUGGGUACUAGAGCGUUGCAAAUUUCAUUGAAUGCUCCAGUUUUGGUCGAUAUUGAAGGUGAGACUGAUCCUUUGCAAAUAGCCAUGAAGGAGUUGUCGCAGAGAAAGAUACCUUUGGUGAUUAGAAGGUAUUUGCCAGAUGGAUCAUAUGAAGAUUGGGGAUGUGAUGAGUUGAUUGUGGAUCAGUAG